CAGGAAACGGUCCGUGGGAAGUGUAUGAGUAUCAAAUUAGUGUUCUCUGCUAGCUGCGACAUACUGCAAGGGCAGUGACCCAUUUUCGAUGAUAUCAGUGUAUGCUGUGGUCAGUCAGCAGGAACCAGUGCAUAUCACCUAUUGAAUCAUGCAGUCCAAAUAAGGAACCAGCUGGAAGUGUACGACAGUCAUGGAACUGUCCCACAGUCUCACCCUGAAUGAGGAAGCCCUCAAUCAGAUUCCGGAGCAAAAGCGUCCGGUGUUUAUUUUCGAGUGGUUGAGAUUUUUGGAUAAAGUUCUGGUAGCAGCGCAAAAAUCCGACAUCAAGGGAUGCCAGAAGAAGCUGGUCGAGCAGCUGACUCAGCACAUUCAGGGAUCCCCGGGGCCUCCGACGCGGAAGCUGAUUGCUCGCUGUCUGGCGACGUUGUUUUCCGUGGGCGAUACGUUUCUGCUGUUCGAAACCGUGAACAAGUGCAACGACAUUCUGAAGAAUAAGGAUGACUCUCCGAGCUAUCUCGCGACUCGAUUGGCCGCGAUCUGUGUGGUGGGAUGUAUGUACGAGAAGCUGGGACGCAUGAUGGGCCGAUCGUACGAGGAAACGGUGCAAAUUUUGAUCAAAUCGCUGAAGAAUGCUGAAUCACAGGUGCGGAUCGAAAUUAUGCUGACGCUGGAGAAAGUAUGUGCCGGUAUGGGCUCGGCCAUUUCGAACGUGCACAAAGAUAUCUACAAAGCCGUGCGCUAUUGCCUGACCGAUCGCGUCAUGGCAGUCCGUGUUGCAGCGUCAAAUUGUUUGCUAGAAAUGACCAAACAUGCACCAUUUCUGUACACUACGGAGCUGGAAAGCUUGGCCUCGCUGUGUUUUCGUGCAUUUGAUAGCUGCAACUACGAGGUCAGAUGUGCCGUGGCGAAGCUGCUGGGAACGCUGAUCGCGUGCACUCAAAAUGGUAGUUUAAGGAAUUUCAGUGGCAUGAACACGUCGGCUUCCAGUGCCAAGUCGAUUCGUUCGAUUUCGCUGGAUGAAGCACUGGGAGUGUUGAUGGCGGGUUUUCUUCGUGGAGGUGUAUCUUUCCUGAAAGGUACUGGAGAGAUAAUUAAAGGAAGUUCCGGAGUUAAUCGCGAGGUACGCGUGGGUGUUACCCAUGCAUAUGUAGUGUUUGUUCAAACGAUGGGUGGUUUGUGGUUGGAGAGGAACAUGCAAACAUUUUUGGUGCACGUAUUGGAUUUGGUAGCCAAUCCUAAAGCUGCUUCAUCCCACGUAGAUGCCGUUUACUCGAGGAAGUGCAUAAAUUUCAUUCUUCGGUCGGUGAUUGGUAAAAUGCUGGGAGAAAAAGCUCAAUCCUCGGCAUGCAAGGAACUGAUUCACAUUAUUGCCAAGCAAAUGAAUUCCAUCGACUUUAAUCCGGAGAAUGCAAAGGAUUCCAACCAGGAAACGCUGUUCAGUCAGCAUUUGCUAGUAUGUGCCCUACAGGAACUCGGCAGCCUGGUACUCUUAUUGGGAACUACUGCUCAAAACUUACUUACAGAUCAGUCACUAAACUUCAUCGAUGCCACCUGCGCUGUUCUGAUUCAUCCUUGCAUGGCAGCCCGACUCGCCGCUGCUUGGUGUUUGCGAUGCGUCUGCGUGGCCGUUCCCAGCCAGAUAACUCCGCUAAUCGACCGCUUCAUCGAGGCCAUCGAGAAAAUGAGAACUUCCCCUGAUGCCAUUUCCGGGUAUAGUGGAGCCCUGGCUGCUGUUCUCGGUGGGGUUCGCUUUUCACCGCUAGGGAUUCCCCACACCAGGGGAAAAAUCAUCUUCAAUACUGCGGAAGAACUGCUCCGCACCGCUAGUCAAAAUAGUCGGCUUUCCCUGAACCGCACACAAGCCGGCUGGUUACUCAUCGGAGCCAUCAUGACGCUUGGGGUGCCUGUGGUAAAGGGAUUGCUUCCGCGGAUGUUACUUCUCUGGCGGAACGCCUUCCCGCGCUCCACUAAGGAGCUUGAUUCGGAAAAAGCACGGGGAGAUGCUUUUACCUGGCAGGUCACGCUGGAGGGACGGGCCGGAGCCCUGUCGGUUAUGCAUAGCUUCCUGCUGCACUGUCCGGAGUUGGUCACCGAUGAUAUUACAAGGCGGCUGCUGACGCCCAUCGAAAGCGCCCUGGCAAUGUUAAUCAACAUCACAUCUGUUUUGAAAAGCUACGGACAGCAUCUCAAAGCUCCCACCGCGAUGGUUCGUUUACGGUUGUAUGAAACACUGUCCCUGCUACCGGCUAAUGCACUGGAGUCAUCCUACACACAUCUGUUGCGCAUGCUGGUAUCCGAGUUUACCUUGACGGAAAAUCCUGCCAACACAACCACUUCCCUCCUGAGACAGAUGUGCCAUGCAGAUGAUUCCAUCAUUCUUGGGACGUGGCUUCAGGAAACGGACCAUCGCACAAUCGAGGAUCAGAUGGAACCGAACCGUAAAGCUGACGGUGACUAUCUUCAGCCGAACAGCGCUGCCGGCUCGGGAGCCCUAGAGCACGAUCCUUGCUGUUUGUAUCGUGCGGUAGCAACAAAUGGCGAACAGUGUCCCGGACCACUCCCGCUGGGUGUGGCAGUCAUCGACAUGUCGGUGGCCCUGUUUGGUCUGAUCUUCCCGAAGGUGGCCAACAAGCACCGCCUGCAGAUGUUGGAACACUUUGGCGAGUGCAUAAAACAUGCCAAGAGCUCGCGCCAGGAGGCGGUGCAGAUGAACAUCUUUACGGCGCUGCUCAGCGGGCUGAAAGGUUUGACGGAAACAAAGUCCAGCAUCGGCCAGGAGGAAGUGAGAAAGAGUGCUACCAAUUUGAUUAUCAAUGCAUUGAUUUGUGCGAACCCGAUAUUGAGGUGUGCAGCUGGCGAAGCUCUUGGAAGGAUUGCACAGGUUGUAGGUGAUUCGAGGAUUACUGCUGAGCUUGCACAGACCAGUUUUGAUAGGCUGAAGUCUGCUAGGGAUGUGGUGACAAGGACUGGACAUUCUCUGGCAUUAGGGUGCUUACACCGUUACGUUGGUGGAAUGGGAUCUUCUCAGCAUUUGAAUACAAGUGUUUCCAUAUUGUUGGCAUUGGCACAAGAUGGAAGUUCACCGGUUGUACAGGUUUGGUCGUUGUAUGCCCUGGCGUUGAUUGCGGACUCCGGUGGGCCCAUGUUCAGGGGUUACGUAGAGCCAACGCUUUCUUUGGCGUUGAAAUUGCUCCUUUCUGUCCCGCAGUCUCACGUGGAUGUCCAUCAGUGCAUUGGACGGGUGCUGGCUGCACUAAUCACUACGAUUGGUCCCGAAUUGCAAGGCAAUGGUCAAACCAUAUGUACUGCCAGAUCGUCAUUUCUCUGUGCGGCAGCGAUCAUGCAAUCCCAUUCGGACCCACUGGUCCAAGCGGAAGCCACGGGAUGUCUCCAGCAGCUCCAUCUGUUUGCACCUCGCCAUGUCAAUUUAUCCACCUUGGUUCCUAAUCUGUGUCAAAACCUUAGCAGUAACUAUUUGAUGCUCCGCAAGGCGGCCGUAUCAUGUCUCCGUCAAUUAACCACUCGUGAGGCCAAGGAAGUUUGCGAACAUGCCAUGACACUGGUCAGCGAUGACGAAGGAUUCGCACUGUCCGAUUACGGACUGCCGGGGGUUUUAUUCGGUAUGCUCGAUACGGAAAGCGACAACAUCAUGAUCAAGAACAUUCACGACACAAUAACGUCGAUGUUGCAAAUACUGGCCGCAGAUAACCUAUCGCAAUGGUUGAGUAUGUGUAAGAAUGUCCUUACCGUAGCAUCGGAAGCGGCAUUGACAUCUGGCCCGGCGGAAACCGCUACAAUCAAAGAAGAUGCAGAUGAUGCCGAAGACGCAGAAGCAGAUGAUGACAACAUCGAAUUCCACGCUGAAGACAAUCAGGCUACUCACCCGGCGGUACAACCUCGGUGGCCAACCCGGGUAUUUGCGGCGGAAUGUGUGAGAAAAAUUAUAUCCACCUGCGAAAAUGCCAAUGCUGCGCAUUUCGAUUUACUGUUAGCCAAAGAAAUUCAAAUCACUAAAUCACGUGGCGACUAUUUGGUACUGCAUUUGUCGGAUCUCAUCCGGAUGGCAUUUAUGGCUGCCACAAGCGAUUCCGAUCAAUUGCGUUUGGAAGGAUUGAAAACACUGCAGGAGAUAAUAGAUAAAUUCGCAAGAGUUCCGGAACCGGAAUUUCCUGGCCAUUUGCUGCUGGAGCAGUUCCAAGCUCAGGUCGGAGCUGCGUUGAGGCCAGCCUUUUCCCAGGACACGCCAUCUCAUGUAACGGCAGCCGCGUGUGAGGUAUGUUCGGCAUGGAUUGGUUCCGGAGUUGCCAGAGAUUUGAAUGAUCUACGAAGGGUCCAUCAGCUGUUGGUGUCGAAUCUGAGCAAACUAAACGAUAAAACAAACAGUACACAACUGUACAACGAAAGCAUGGCCACACUAGAGAAACUCAGCAUUUUGAAGGCAUGGGGACAAAUUUAUAUCAUGGCUAUGAUAGAUAACGGGACAGCCCCAGCUAGUAUGCUAUUGAAAGCUUUGCCUUCUUCAUCAACUACGAUCGCAGCCCCUACAAAUGACAUGAACCGUCUUACGCUGGAUGAAGACUUCGGAGACUUUGAGAGUCGGGGCGAGAGUUUGCUGUCGCUUGUGCAACCCGAACUGACUAAUCUCUCCACUCAUUGGUUAUCUGCGCUGAAGGACUAUGCAUUACUGUCGUUACCGGCAGAAUACGCCAGUCAGCUGCCACAUGAUGGCGGAUCUUUCUACACUAACGAUACAAUGAAUCUGUCUAAGCCGCAUUAUCUCACAUCUUGGCCUCCAAUCUUGUACGCUUCUGCCCUGUGGUUGAACGCAGGAGGUUUUGCCGAAACAGAAUCCGAUUCACCUACCAUUAAUGAGGACGAUAAAGCUAACGCUAAUGACCUUGCAAACGGGAAUAAGAUUACAGAUAAGGUUAAUCAAACUGGCUCUACAACGUCCAUUUCAUACGGCAGUGUAGCAGCCGAUCGAUUCCAUCUAGUAUUUGGCAUUAGCAUGGAAGCCCUGUGUAGUACGCGAACGAAUGAAAAGCUGGAAAGUGUAAUAGCCUGUCUUCAAGCCCUGUACACGAUGUUCGAUUACAAGUGGUCGCGUCAGAUGCUCACCAAAAACCGUUCCCUUCCGGUAGAGCUGUGCAACGUUCUGCACCGUCUAAUACUGACCCGGGACAGUCUGGAAGUGCAAUACUUGUGCAUAUCGAUUCUCAAGCAAACCAUCGUAGCCGCAAACGAGUGUCUGGAGUUGGAGAAGCAGGAAAAGAUGACAGAAUUUGAGAACAAAACCGACAACGGCAAUGAAGAAAACCGAGACGUCGAUAAUCUCGGCGAGGGCGGCGAAGAAGGGGAAAUACUUCCUGGAAAAUCACACGUCUACGCCAUACUGGAAGUGAUCCUGUGCCUCUUGGCGCGGCAGAUUCCCGCCAUGAGUCCAUCGCAAUCGGCACGGGUGGCAAACGAACAACUGCAGCGCCAAAUGGCGCAAACCAAAAAUGGCCUGUUCAAGCUCUCCGAAGACAACAGCUUGCUGGUGGCAUCGGCAAUCAACUGUAUGACGGAUCUGACGAAGCUCUGCUCACCUACUGGAGCUGUAUCGAUCCUUCCUACAAUGCUGUAUCUGACGACGGGAGUGAUAAAGGAAGUCGCAACCAAGUCGGUUAACGAUGAGACUAUAAUAGCCAAUUCGAAUAUUAUUCAAGCCGCUUUGCAACUGUUGAAAAAUCUCGCCACCGACCGUUACAGCAAGCACGAUCUAUCUGCCGAUGACUGGCGGAAGCUGCUACAGAGUGCUUUGGGAAAGAUCAUCGAUCUAACCAAAACCGGAUGCGACGAAACCAAGCUAGAUGAGGUCACAAUGAUGCUGACCAUUGCUGUAUUCCUGCUGCAUACGCCUUCCUCGUUGGUGUCGGUGCCCAAUUUGCAGUAUCCUUGCAUAAAUCACUUCAGGCAGUGCUUUUUAACCGGAUCUCCAAUGGUUCGGUUGAAGUGCGUCCAAACUAUGCGAUCGAUUUUCGUCAAUGCGGACUUGAAAGUGUCUACGCCAUAUAUCCAUGCACUGGCUCCGCGCUUGAUUGAAACACUGUUUGCUGAAUCGAACCGCAGUCCCUCGAGCGACAUGGAGCUUGCCAUCAUACUGGAGGGCAUUACAACAUUGGAAGCGCUAAUCGCAUUGGCAGAACCCCAAAACCAUGAACUAAUCCAAGGCAUCCAAAUGUUGACUCUGCUGGUUCCCAUAUUGAUCAACUAUUUGCUCGAACCGGAUCAGUUCCGUUCUAAGCCCAAACAGUGCGUACAGCUGCACGAACAAUCGCUGCAGUGGCUCAUGAAGAUCGGUCCCAAGUAUCCGCAUGAGUUCAAAGGGUUCAUGGGACAGUCUCCGGAAUUGCGGAUCAAGCUAGAAGCAGCCAUCAAACGUAACCAGAUGAACGCCAUUCAGGCGAAAAAUAAAAGCGAAGCAGCCAACGCAGCAGCUCGUGCCAGUGCAACGCAACAACAGAAACCUACAAUUCAAUUGAAGACCGACUUUAGCAACUUCAGCGCGACCUAAUUUCGCCAUUUAACGCUUCAUAAUUGGGUGAUUCACGUUGAAAAAGGAAAACGCAUUCGAUGGUGUUUGUUUCAAAAUCCAAAACUACAAUUUUUUAAAUAAAUCUGCAUAUAAGACAUAUUUGUAUGCAAAUAAAACAUCUAAAGCUGAGAAACCUAACCUGAUCCUGUUUUCCUUCAUAAUGAACAUUUUACACAAGUUUCAAGUUCUUGAUACCUACUUCUUAAUUUUUGAUUUUUGAAAACAGCAUUAUUGAGAAUAUUUUUCCUCUUCGCGUGUAUCUCUUUGAGCUACAUAAAAUAAGAAUAAAGUAUAUUGACACAUUUCAACAGUGUAAUUGGACGAUUUGAAUAACAUCUCUUAUAAAAUAAUCCUCUCACUAGUGGAAUAUUAUACUAUUGGCUGUUUAAUUUUAUUCAGGUCAUCUAUUAGUGAAAAAAACUGUGUAGGAACUUAUUUACAUUCUAAUACAACAAUUAUAAAAAUAAUAAAUUGUUAAUAUCUGUAUAAUUUACUGAAUAAUAAAGUAUUACUAUCAUUACUCA